AUUUCUUCCAUCACAUUGUCUUGUCAAUCCUUUUCAUCACCAUGACUGCCAACACCUCCUGAUCUUGCCUGAUCUAUUAAAUCCCCAGCUUUCUUGAAGACGCAGGACGGGACCGACUGCCAACCUGGAAGAAAAAGUUGUUUCGAUUGUGGAGACUUUCGCAGAUUUUCAAUCUGAUAAAAAAAUAGCUCCAUCCUCCCCCCCACCUCACUUGGAAGUUGACAGCCCUCCGAAGAUGAUACUACGAUAAUCGGACUUCACUUUCCUAUCCACGACAUUCAAACCUUCGAAAUAACUCCACUAGUACCACUCUCGAGCCACUACACAUAUAUCUAUUACCUUGGCACACCCAGUCUACGCUGUCUACCAUGUUCUUCUAGCAAUGUGGUUGGCUUGUUGGGGAUCAAUUCUUCCUUCUUCGUUUGUGGGUCGCACUCUGAUUUUAUAAUUAUUACGAGUUCACGGCAAUAAAUUACGAGAAAGUAAGAGAGACCUGGGUGUUACCCAUUGUUGGAGAGAAAAUCUUGCCCGCAGAAGACCGCAGAUAUCUUGCAAACAAUCACGCAAAUCAACUGUUUCCUUACCUUGCAACUGUUACUCAUUUGCAGCGUGGAACAGCAACCUCAUUAUCCACACGGCACACAAGGAAUCCCAAAUCUGCCGUGUCGCCUCAACUUACAAAGAGCUAUUCCAAUCCCCUUCCUCCUUUCGGGACUCAUUUCUCAAUUGAAGUGGCAGAAAGUCGAACCCAAAGGAUACACACAUUGAUACAGUCAAAUAACAGUUUAUAACUCUACUGGAAACAUCUUCCUUUACUUUCUCAUAAGCAAACUACGACCCAGCCAUAAUGGCAGCAACUAUGACAGCGGAAUUCACUCCCGACACACCACAGAAAGUAGUAUCCAAGGGAAAAGAGGCUCUAAUGAAUUCUAUUGAGGAUUGCCUCUACGGUUCCAUUGCUGGAGUAGCUGGAAAAUAUAUCGAAUAUCCUUUUGACACAGUGAAAGUUCGAUUACAAUCACAACCCUAUCAUCUUCCUUUACGUUAUACUGGACCUCUUGAUUGUUUCAAACAAUCGAUUCGCAGCGAUGGGUUCUUAGGAUUAUACAGGGGCAUUAGUGCUCCACUCGUCGGUGCUGCUCUAGAGACUAGCAGUCUUUUUGUUUGGGAACAAGCAAGUAGGGAAGCACUUCUCAAGGCUGGAGUAUACAAGAGAGAUCAACCACUUCCUCUGGAGGCAUUGUGGAUGACUGGUGCACUAUCCGGCGCCCUUACUUCUUUAAUCCUCACUCCUAUUGAAUUGGUCAAAUGCAAAAUACAAGUUCCGGCGACCGCGCCAAAUGGUUCAGCUCCCGUCGCUGCAAAAACAGUCUCAUCAGUCAUUCGCGAGGUUUGGCACCACCAAGGCAUUCGUGGUUUUUGGAAUGGGCAGCUAGGCACUUUGAUCCGUGAAACGGGUGGAUGCGCCGCGUGGUUCGGUAGCAAAGAGACAGUCACUUCUCUUUUCCGAAAGCUGAACGCUAAAAAUAGCCCCCAAAGUUCUUCCUCCGUUCUAUCUACUGAACUAGUACCUUUACCUUUCUGGCAACAAGCUCUCGCUGGUGCCUCAGCAGGCAUGUCUUAUAAUUUUCUCUUCUUUCCCGCAGACACCAUCAAAUCUCGCAUGCAAACCGCCUCUACUUCAUCUACAGCACCACGUACUACAUUCAUCCAAGAAGGUGCUCUUCUUUGGAAAAAACAUGGUCUGAAAGGCAUGUAUCGAGGUUGCGGUAUCACAGUUAUGCGAUCGGCACCUAGCUCUGCAUUCAGAUUCAUGAUUUAUGAUGGAUUAAAGAGCCGUUUUCAUCUUUCUUAGUACUUAUUUCCCCAUUUGAUUACUUACGGCACGACGCGCAUGUACAUAGAAUUGGAAUCUUUGCCGCUUUCCACUUUCCAUAUCAUAUUAUACCAUAAAAGGUGGCCGGAUAUAUAAAAAUCGAACUCGGGUCUCUUUUUUUUGGCUUUCGGUUAUGAAAAUCUUGAAAAUUAAUUGGGGGCGGGCGUUGGAGAGGCGUUCAGGGAUAUCAUAUCAUAGAUCUGUAUAGUCGUUCGGUUGACUCGGAAAGGAGGGGUAGGGGUGAGAGUGAGAUAAGCAGAGCUCAAGUGAAUUCCUGAGCAUUGAAGGAUUCACAGCUAUCGUGUCGAGUUGGAAAAACUUGAAACUGGAGCAAGUCAGCUUUUGAGCGUUGCAUUUUAUAUAUAUAUGUCAUAGACGGGACUGGAUGAGAUAGCAUGGAGUAAUGUGGGAUUAUAGAAUUUAGAAAUUAGAACUUGUUUUGAGAAUGAAGUGUUUUGUUUUGUUUAGAUUGGGUUUUCUUUUGUGUGUUUAGUUUGGUUUGGUGUUUGGGUGGUUUAGAUUUGGUGAUAUUGAUAUUUGUUGACUGGUAGGUAGGUAGGUGGGUAUGGUAUGAUAUGAUUAGUUGAAUA